CUCUUCGGCGCGCGAGCUGGCUCUGGCGUCUAGCAAUGCCCGGGGCUAAGAUUUCUGAGCUCGCACUGGUAGCCGGGGGCGUUCUCGGGUAGCCGGCGGCGGCUUUCUCCACGCCGCCUUCUGCUUGAGACCAAGUCGGUGGUCGCGCCACAGGCUCCCCAGCCGCGAGUCGUGGCUGCCACUGGGGAGACAGGGACCCGGCCGGACAGGCCCGACUGGAGUUCCCAGGGCCAGACCCGGCGUCUGACGGCAGAAGCCGGAGAGGAGAGCCCAGCCCAGGGCGGGCAGAGCAGGCCUGCAGAGCGCGGCUGGGGCUCAGAGGACUGCCAGGAGGUGGUGGCGCGAGGUGGCAUCCAAAUGCUGGAGGAAGGAGAGCCGCCUUCUCCAGACCCUGGCCUUCCCCACGAGGAAACCGCAGGACACGAAGGCAUGACGGCUGGUCUCCUCCCGGCUGGGACCCAUGGAUCCACACCCUUUAGCAGUGUGGCUGUAGCUUUUACCCAGGAUGCGUGGAGGCACUUGAUCCCUGCUCCUAGGGACAGGUUCAAGGAGGGAAGCCCAGGAAACACCAGAAACUUGGUCCUGCUGGGACUUCCAGUUUCCCAGCCUGGCAUGAACUCCCAGUUGGAACAGAGGGAAGAAGGCCCGUGGGUGCUGGAGGGAGGAGGCCUGAGGAGCACCUGCCCUGACUGGAAGCUUAUGUCUGAAUCACCACCUGAGCAAGACAUUUCUGAAAAUUCAUUCCAAGACCCAAGCAGAGAGAUGCCCCCUGGGGAGUCAGACCCCAGGAACAGUGAGCUGGGGAAGAGCUUCAACCUGAGACCAGUCCUGUCUCCACAACAAGGAGUUCCUACAGAAGUGAGACCCCGGAAAUGGGGAGCACGUGCGGAGAGCUUCAGAGAGAACUCGGAUCUCACGAAGCCUCACAGAGCCAAACCGUAUACGUGCGGCGAGUGCGGCAAGGCCUUCAGUUACUGCUCCUCCCUGUCCCAGCACCAGAAGAGCCACACCGGCGAGAAGCCCUACGCGUGUAACGAAUGCGGGAAGGCUUUCAGCCAGAGCUCCUCUCUCGUCCAGCACCAGAGGAUCCACACCGGAGAGAAGCCUUACAAAUGCCGCCAGUGUGGCAGGGCCUUCAGCCAGAACGCCAACCUCACCAAGCACCAGCGAACCCACACCGGGGAAAAGCCCUACAGGUGCGGCGCGUGCGGGAAGGCCUUCAGUGACUGCUCAGCCCUCGUCCAGCACCAGCGGAUCCACACGGGCGAGAAGCCCUACGAGUGCGGCCACUGCGGGAAGGCCUUCCGCCACAGCGCCAACCUCACCAGCCACCAGAGGACGCACACGGGGGAGAAGCCGUACGCGUGCAGGGAAUGCGGGAAGGCCUUCAGUUACUGCGCCGCCUUCAUCCAGCACCAGAGGAUCCACACGGGCGAGAAGCCCUACCAGUGCGGCGCGUGCGGGAAGGCCUUCCGCCAGAGCGCGAACCUCACCAACCACCGGAGGACGCACACGGGCGAGAAGCCGUACCAGUGCGGCGCGUGCGGGAAGGCCUUCAGCCAGAGCACGAACCUCAUCAUCCACCAGAAGACCCACACCGGGGAGAAGCCCUAUAAAUGUAACGAGUGUGGCAAGUUCUUCAGUGAGAGCUCAGCCCUUAUCCGACAUCACAUCAUUCACACGGGAGAAAAACCCUACGAGUGCAGCGAGUGUGGGAAGGCCUUUAACCAGAGCUCCUCCCUAAGUCAGCACCAGAGAAUUCACACGGGUGUGAAACCCUACGGAUGUGCUCAGUGUGGGAAGGCCUUCAGGUGUAGUUCAGCGUUCAUUAGACAUCAGAGACUCCAUGCUGGGGAGUAACCAGAAAUACAGCCCAAAGUGGGUGGGGACCUGGCCGGCAUAGCAGGUAGCUGCAAAACCUCUGGAGACUAGGGCUUUUAUAGCUUGUGGCUCAGAGCACCUUCCAUAAAUCCCCCUUCUUUUACAUGUUGUAUGUGGAAGGGGUCAAGAGCGCUUCUUUUCUCUUCAGGAAGCAUAAACUACCCAAUUCAGAUUACAGUAGCUACGGGCCUUUGUUCAGUGAGCCAGGGUGCACGUGGAGAGCACUGCAGGAACCUUGGCUUAUUAAAGUGACCAGUUAGUGAAGGACUCCGUUCCUUCCUAAAGGCCAGCUAUAUGGGGAGGAUUAUCUGUGCGAAUAAGGGCUGUUAACCAAAGAACAGGGAUGAACAGUUUCUGAUGGGGCCAAAAGUGAUUUGGGGAAGUGAGGGGAAAAGACUAAGGCCCAGUACAUGCUACAGUCUCACCGAGGUAAGGGAAGACAUUACCUAGAAUGUUCAAGAUAGGAAAAUCUAGACAGGCCCAAUCUAUCUAGUUCCAGUGUUGGCUACUGCUACUAAAAACUACCCGGAGGGAAGAAUGGAGGCUAAAGGAGUCAGGAUGAAGCCAGUCGAACCCCUGAGCAAGGCGCAUCCCUCUCAAUGGAGAAGUGGGAGCACCCUGAAGCCCACCAUCUGUCUUCCCCUGGCUCACAGGCUGGUGGGUCCUGCACCUCUUCCUAGAGUAGGAACAGUUCCAUUUUCUUUAAAUCAAGACUUCUGUUGGCCUUUCUUCCUCCCUUGAAAGGUGCUGGGCCUGGCCUUUGUCUGCAUUUAUAAACCCUGGAGGUUUGGGGUUAGGUAAGCAUUGGGCCUGAGUCCAGGGCCUCUGGCUUAGGUUUCCUGGGGGACUUGGCACAGGUCUUCAGUGCUCCUGUAAUCCACUCCCUAAAGGCAGCUCUCCCGGUUCCUGUGGCGAUUAAAACCCACCUACUUUAAAAAAA